AUGCGUCCCGAGGUCGUUCAAACAACGAUUGAUGAAAAAUAUAUUAAUCUUCAGAAUAAUCCUCAAUUAUCUAUGUGGACAAAUAUGGGAAAAAAUAAUGAAAAGAUCUUUUUGAAUAAGGAAGGCAAUUAUAUUGAAACAAAUGAUCUUAUAUUCAAAUUUAUGAAUGAUGACACUGAACAUAAGCACUUUCUUGAUUUGGGGACUGGAAACGGAGAAUUGUUAGUACAUGUAAAUAAACUAUUGAAUAUUCCAUUUGAUUGCAUUUUUGGAAUUAGCGCUGUUGAUCACCGGCCAGUCGAUUCAAUAAUUCCUAAUACAUCUUACCUCAUAAUGAAUGUCGACAAUCUUAAUGAAUGGUCAAAUAAAAUAACAACACUCAAGUACAGUCUAAUUGUAUCUAGUAGCACAUUUUAUCAUUUGGUUGAUCCUUUAACUGUAUUGGAAACUGUUUACGAUCUACUUGAAAUAAAUGGAUUAGCAAUAAUACGCCAUAUUCCACUGUCUAUUUUACGUAUAAACGCACGACAUCUCGAGUUUCUACUUCAAAAAGAGGGUCAUACAGUUUGUGUCAUUGAAAUGAUGAAUUCUCCUGGUAAUUAUCUAUUUGCUAUUGCUAAAAGGGCUGAAAUUCCAACCUUAAUUUUACCAUUUGAAUAUACAGGAGGCAUUAUAUCAGUCUCUGGUUCUUAUACACCACACAAAGAUAAAAGUACGAGUCUAGUAGGAAUUAGCGAAGAAUUGAAAGUUCCAUUGCCAUUUCCACCAGCUGUUGACAAUAUACGAGCUGCACUGUCGAAUCAUCCUGUUUUCAAGAAUGUUAGUGUAAGUAAAUGUGGACAACCCUAUCCUAAUCUCUCCGUUUUAAUCGAUAAACUUAGGUGUCACGACUGGAACCACUGGCUGAGAAGUAUUGAAUUAAAAUUACAUUUAAGCCAAGUUCCACUGUGA